AUGGAGGAGCCUCGCGCAAAGAGCACCGCCUCUCCGCCGACCGAGCUUAAAUCGCAGUCUCCGGCAUCCAACACCACCGACCUCUCGUCGACUUCGCGAGCAGGCACGGCACCAUCAACGGCAACCCAGCCCAUAACUUCGGCGGCAUCGCCGGCCAGAUGCGACAGCAGCGUUUCCUGCAAAACCGAAGCCUCCAGCAAGCACGGCGCAUCUGCGAAAGGGGGCGCAGCCUACGGCGAGCACACAUCGUCUGCACGCUUAAACGGGGCCACGCACCGUACCGAGGAAAAUGAAGGCGAGAGCGAGCUGAGCGAUCCAGACAGCAACGUAGGAGCCAACGACCUUGAGGACGAGAUUGUGGUGAGUGAUUGUGGGACCCGACGUUCCUGCGGCGGAGAAGCAUCAGAGUGGAACGACGACGAGAUAUUGGGCGAUGCCCCCGAAGAAGCAAGCGCUUCUCAUUAUCCCAAACGAAAGCCUACUUCGAUUUCCACCAACGAGAGCGAGACCAAGCUGGAGAGCCCACGUGCUACAGCUCUCGAGACAACCCCUACGUCACCCGCAAGCUCAAGCAAAUUCAAGCCUAAUCGCCAGAGUCUCGGCGGCUUGGGGGUCAAGGGAGCUCUGCUCGGCACGUGGAGGGACUCGAACGUCCCCGACCAAGACAAGAGGCACGCUGUCAUUGGCUUCAUUGACGUCAGAGACCGUCUCCGAACCCGUGUUCAGCCAACCACCAAAGAUGGCAUCUCCCUUGCCGAGCAUUAUCCUUUGCCUCCUGGCCCCGGCGGAAGUUGGGUCACGUUUGAUCGUAUAGUCUUUUCAGAUCAUCUCGUUGGCCUGGAUCAUUUCCAGAUAAAGGAGUACACCCGCAUCCGGUCCGACGUGGCGCCAGAGGAUAGUGAAGAGGAGCGCAUGGCUGCCGAGGCCGCUGCCGUGCACGAGGCUGUCCGUCGAGUCGCGGAGGAUCUGACCCUGGAAAAUCGAACCCAGCCGCCUGCCAUUGCGUACGGCGCGGACUUGCCAGAGCAUCUUCAAGCGCCGUUCCGUCCGGACCUCAAGCGCAAGAGGUUUGGCGGCGCCUUCGCGGCCAUCAUCAACCCGGCGGCUCCUGAGCUUGGCGUUGAGCCUCCCUCGCUGCCCACGCCCCAGCACUCGCUGGCGUCCCAUCAGGGCCGCUUCUCCAUCGAUCCCCUCCCUGGCACUCGACCAACACGCAUUCUCAUUGGAUACUGGAAACCCUCCAGCGAAAUCGAUCCCUGGGAUCGCCAUGCCGUCUACGGCAUUCUCGGCCAAAACGACAUGUUUAGGGUCAAGGUCGUGCGUGAGACUAGGGACGGGCGGUUCGUCGACGGCAACUUUCCAUCCGGAGCUGGGGCUCUGUGGAUCCCGUACGAGGAGGUCGAGUUUGAGCCCCACCUGAAGGCGCUGAACAGACAGGAGAUCAAGGAGUACUGCCGAGUUCGACAGUAUCAGCUGGAUCGUGGCGAGACCUCUGCCGAACGGGUAGGCAAUGAAACCAAGGCCGUGUGUGAAGCGCAGACGCGAGCUGGCACCAUGCCCUACAAGCAGCCUCACAACGCCACUGUGCCGACCUUUACGGCCUCUCCGCAGGGCGACGACGAACGCAUCAACGGCCGACAUGGCUACGGGAGCCACGAGCUCCGGCACUCGCGCCGAGCCGAACUCCGACCUAUCCGGGCUUCUCUCGGCGAACGGGAGCUCCGCACCGGCCGUCAGCACGGCGGCGAGGACGCUGAGCGAACCAGCGCCCUUGCCCGCCGCGAGAUUGCGCGGGCCGAAGCUGCCCAAGGUCGGGCCGACCGUCACGUCGUCCAGAGAGAGAGAGCCGCGGCCGCCGCAGCUGCCGAUGCCGCGGCUGCCGCUGCCGCAGCCGCAGCAGCAGCAGCUUCCAACACGCCCAUUGACGACGAGCCACGCAACGGAACCGGCGGGAUGCUCUACCACGAGUCCGAGGACAUGCAGCGGUUGAACAGGGUGUGGGCUCGGCAAGAAAGCCUGAGAAUCAAAGGCGGUCCUGACGACGCCAAGAUGUACGACGGCAUCAAGUACGAGCGGAAGGCGAACGGGCCGUUCAUGGGCAAGCUCGUGUCGCAGGGGACAAUCAUCAACAUAGAAGGCGAAGAUUACGUCGAGUACCGAGUCCUGACGAAGCCGUCCUUCUUCUAA